AUGUCGACGGAUUGUGAAAUAGCAUCGCGUGCAGCGGACGCCGGUUGGAAGAACGGGACAUUUUUCUUGGACGUUGUUGCCGCGGAUUUGCAAAUUCCGCCGGAAUACUUUCAGAUCAUAGAUCUAAAGGUUGCAAACGUUGCUUCGAAAAUUGUAGGCUACAUGUCGUUAACGCACCGAGUUACUAUCACCGUUGAUAUCGGAAGUGAAACUAGACAGCGGAAAGUUCUGAGUUACGUAGUGAAGGAAAAGUCAGAUAUGGUUUUUGGUGGCGAAAUGGUGGAUGAUUUGAUAGCUUUUCCCAAAGAGAUUGAUGUCUAUUCUAAGAUUUUACCUGCCUUCGAACAGCUGUGCCUGGACGAUAAAGAAAAAUUUGGUCCCAGAUUGUUCAAAUCGACAUCAUCGCGGUACACUGUGCUGGUCAUGGAGGAUCUGAAAACCCUUGGUUUUAGCAUGAAAGAUUGUGGUAGUGGUUUGAAUGUUACAGAAUGCGAGCAGGUUCUGCAAAAGCUGGCAAAAUUCCAUGCAGCCUCCGUUGUACACUAUGAACAGAAUGGUACAUAUUCGGAUAAUUUCAAGGACGGGAUGUUUGCAGACCGGCUGGUGGACCAAUUUGAAGAAUAUUACUCCCAACUCUACAAAUCAUUCGUGUGGACUCUAGAAGAAAUGCGGUUUCCCGAGCAUGUGCUGAACACGCUGCGUCUCUGGGAAGGUAAAAUGUAUUCUGCUUGCUGUAAAUUGCUCCAAUACGAUCCCGCGAAAUUCAAUGUAUUAAACCAUGGAGAUUGUUGGAUUAACAAUCUUCAAUUCUGCGGAAAUAACGUUCUAAUGGUUGAUUACCAAAUCGCAUUUUAUGGAACACCGUCAUUUGAUUUGAUCUACUUCAUCAUUACUUCCGCAGCCGUCGAGGUUCGCACUGAAAUGUUUGAUCAUCUUGUCAAGCACUACCACUGUCAUUUGGUUCAAUCGUUGCAACAGAUGGGUGCCAAAACAGAUGCACCAUCUCUACAGGUGUUGGAAAAAGAUAUAACUGAGCAUGGACUUCUGGCAUGCAUACUGGCAAUGGAAGCUUUGGCGUUCAUGUUGGCUAUGCAAGGCUCUGAAGUGAAAAUGGAUUUGAUAACAUCGGAAGAGCCAGAUGCGGUAGAGUAUAGGAAGACGGUUUAUUCCAACAUACACACGAAUGGUGAAUUAGAACCCAAAGAAGUGGAAGUUGUUGCCGAAUCUGGAAAUCCCACCUGGCUAAAUGAAGCAUUCUUUGAGGAUAUUUUUGUGGAUAAACUCCAGCUGGAGCAGGGCAAGUUUAAGGUCAAGAUAAAAUCAAUCGUUGCAACAGGUGGAGCUGGCGAGAACUAUACCUCGAAACUAUACCGUGCGGAUGUGGAUGCAGAAUGUGAAGAUGGCAGCAGCAAAACACUCAAACUGCUCCUAAAAGCAAUGAUCACUAACCCUGGCCUGAAAGCAUUUAGUGUAUUCAUCAAGGAAAAGUUUGCCUAUGAGCAGCUCUUACCGAAGUUGGAGCAACUGUGGGCAGCAAAUGGCGAAAGCGUUAGUUUUGGUCCACGCUGCUGGAAAACCGUCGACGGAGAUGUGGAAAUCAUCGCUCUAGAUGACCUAUGCGCGAAGGGCUAUAAGGUGGCGAACCGUCAGGUAGGGGCCGAUUGGGAUCAUGCGCGUAUUCUGUUGGCUAAGCUGGCGAAAUUCCACGCUGCCGGAGCAGUGGAUUAUAGAAAGAAUGGUCCAAUUAAUCCGCUAUACAAUAAAGGGAUGGUGCAGGAGGAAGGAAAAGCCUUAUUUGAACAAUAUGUAAAAGCAGUAGAACCAGUGUUCCUAAAAUCAAUGGAAGCAUGGCCAGGGCAUGAAAAAUAUCAGAAUAAAAUGGUGAAAGCUUUACAAGGGUUAUUUUAUAAAAUGAAGGAGGCAACAGCAAAAGAUGACUCUGGAUUUGUGACUCUUUGCCAUGGUGAUGUUUGGACUAACAAUCACAUGUACAGUUACCGGGAAACAGGCGAACCUAAAGAUGCUCUCUUGAUCGACUAUCAAGGUCCAUACUACGGAUCGCCGGCUUGUGACCUCUACUACUACAUCAUAUCAUCGACCACGUUAGAUUUGAAGACGAGCCAAUUCGACGAACUGAUUCAGUACUACCAUGAAUGUUUAGCAGAUAGCUUACAAAAGCUAGACUAUCCGGAGCGCAUUCCCAGUCUGCGAGACUUUCGAAUAGAUCUUCUUAAACGCGGCUUCUUCGCAACGCAAUCUCUGUUCGGGAUUCUUCCGAUCGUGUUGGCGGAUAAAAAUGAAAAUGCCAAUUUUGAUGGGUUUUUCGGUGAAGCGGAAGAAAAUGUCAAGUUCAGACUCGACGUUUACAACAAUUCACUUUAUCAGCAGCAUUUAGAACCAAUGUUGAAAUUGUUCGAUGUAUGGGGCUUACUGGAAUAGAAUAUCUUCCACUCAACAGUUAAAUUUGCUUUGGUGCUAAAAAUCAAUACGUAGUGAUCUUUUCAACGAUUUGUAUAAAACUAGAGCAGUAUUUUUAACGUGUAAUAUGUAACAUUGUCAACGCAAUAAAA